AUGUCUUCCAACAAGACUUCCGAUGACCUCGCCGUCCCUAACGAGAUGGAUCCCGAGAUCAACGACAACAAUAAUCCGGGUCCUUCUACCCGACCUGCCCUUGGCACCACCGCCACCGCUGCCGAUCAUGGUAUAUCCCAGAGCGAUAAUAAAGAGGCGGAGAAGGCGACCGAGCUGCAGCGCCUUCAUGCCAGGAUCCAGGAAGAGCGCCGGGCUCAUAUUGAGGAAGCCCAGCGCCUCGAGGCCCAAUACCAGGCGGAGCGGGAGGAGAAGGAGCGCCUGGAGGUGGCGGCUCAGAAGGCAAAGGACCAGGCGCAGAAGGCGCGUAUUCAGAGAGCCGUACAGGCCACCCCUGAGGAGCGUGCGGCCCAUGAGGAGUCCAUGGAGAUUGACGACGCGAUGAGACGUGCUGAACGCCGCCGUGCCAACACUUACGGCCGAAUCAACGGAUAUCUCGAGGCCUGGGGAAAGAAACCCCGACGAUGA